UAGUUAAAAGAAUGGUAUCGACCAAAAACGCGCUGAUCCUAAAGCCAAGCGGAAACCCAAUGCCACUUAUCGGUCUUGGUUUAUGGAAAGUACCAAAGGACAAAACUGCCAAUGUGGUUUUUGAUGCUUUAGAAAUUGGAUAUCGAUUAUUGGAUAAUGCUGCGGAUUAUGGUAAUGAAAAAGAAGUUGGAGAUGGUAUUAAAAAAGCCAUUGAACACAAAAUUGUUAGGCGAGAGGACAUCUUCGUUACAUCAAAGCUCUGGAAUACCAAUCAUAAACGUGAACAUGUACGGCCAGCACUAGAACGUACGCUCAAAGAUCUUGGACUGGAUUAUUUGGAUCUUUACCUGAUUCAUUUCCCAGUCUCGUUGAAGUAUGUGGAUAAUCCCGUGUGGACAAAAGACAGUCCCCAGGAUGAUGCGACUAUUAGGGAAACUUGGGAGGCAAUGGAAGAGUUGGUUGAUGCUGGAUUGGUUAAGAACAUUGGUCUCUCCAACUUUUGUGCAUCACUCAUCAUGGAUAUCCUCAAGUAUGCGCGAAUCAGGCCGGCAGUGCUACAAAUCGAACAUCAUCCUUACCUAACUCAAGAAACCCUCAUCAAAUAUGUGCAGUCACAAGGAAUUUCGAUCACGGCGUAUUCGUCUUUUGGUAACCAAAGUUUUUUGGAAUUGAGUGGCGAGGUGGGUAAAAUGGCAUCGACGACUCCUUCACUGUUUGAACAAGACAUCAUAUCGGAGAUCGCCUCGAAUUAUAAGAAGACUCCCGCUCAGGUGUUACUUCGAUGGGCAUUCCAACGUGGAAUCGCCAUCGUUCCUAAAUCAAGUAAUCGCGGAAGGCUCACGGAAAAUAUAGAUAUUCUCGAUUUCUCAUUAACGGAGGUAGAAUUACACCGAAUCUCCUCGUUGAAUCGUGGAUUGAGAUUCAAUGAUCCCGCGAUCUAUGCUAAUAUUCCCAUUUUUGAUUGA